GAUCUCUUUGCCAAGGUGGGCUCCGGUGACACUGACCAASACCAUGGGAGUGGCAUUGGCGAGAGCGGCUCAGUGGACUGCUGCUGGCUCUGGAACUGGCAGACUUGAAAUCACCCCUUUGAACGAAGCCCUUUUAAACCAAAUUAUUAAGUUUGCAGAGGACUUCARCGCCAAGCAUCCUCAAGAAGCAGCAUUUGUCUUCAGAGAGCCCCUUGAGUGGAAAACACAGUUGGACUCUUCAGUAUUUAAAGAAGGUUAUGAGGUCAAGGAAGCAGUUGUUCAGUCUGAAGCCAGAAGCAAAGAUGGCCAACCAUUGCUCAUUCUCUCCGCAUCAACUCUCAAAGUUCGCAGUUUUGAUCAGCUGUCCCGUUUGCUACAAAUUGCUGUGGAAAAACAGUUAAAGGAAGUACAGGCAUGCCUUGAAGCUAACAGAGAUCCUAUAGUGAAAAUUCUUGGCCCUGAAUAUGGGACUGUGGAAGGAGAAGAUACAUCCAUCUUGCAUUUAUUUGACAAAGUGAAAAAAGACUCUGGUCUUGAAACAGAAUUGAAAAUGAAAAUCCUUCUUCUUCUUCAUCAGCUGGAUUUGCAACUGCUUAAUAGUUCUUUGAAACAAAUUUCACAAGAUGUAAGGCUAAAUCCAGCUGCUGUAAAUAAUGAAGUAAAUCUUCUCAAGAAGUUCUCUGGGAAAGGAGAAGAUACUGUACUGGAAUCACUGGAGUACACAUCAGAUUACAUGUUCUCUAAUGGAUGCCGAGCUCCUCCCUGGAGACAAGUGCAUGGAGAAAUUUGUUAUUUAGUCAUCAAACCACAUGACACUGAUCCUUUGUCUAUCACUUGCAGCACAGCAGGCGUGUUUUUAAAUGGAGGUCAGAUAAAGGGUAAAGAUAUUGACUAUGAAAGAAAAAGUGAACUAUAUAAAGACAUAGUCACGUUUUUAAGGGAGAGAUCACCUAGAUUUGUAGAAAAUAUGGCUAAACAGGAAUAUAGGUUUUUUAAAGAACCAGGACAUGGGAAGAAUUAUCAGGAUGCAGAAGGUGCUGAUGCUGAAGUUUCUGGCCAAUCCCAGAGCCUUCGUGAUUUUACAGAAAAGGAUGCAUAUGAGAAAAGUUCUUCAGUAGGGAGAAAAUCCAGUAAGGAGAGGUUAAAACCACGUAUUGACUGGAAAAAUACUGGGCUUUCUGCUUCCCAAAGACCCAAAUCUGGUAGUGACAAGCCUUCAAAAAAAGACUCUGAUGAAGAAGGGAAAAGUAGUACUGUACCUGGGACUACAAAAAGAAAAGCCAGUGACAAAUCUAAAAGUGCUAAAACUCAUCGAACUUCAAAAUGUAAAACAUCAAGCAGCCUUGAGGAUGUUGGUGAAAGUUCCUCAGAGACUGAUGAAGAUGAGAAGCCUUUACGUCGUCAGGAAUCAAGCACAGAUAUUUCACCAGAAUACUGGGGAAUUCAGAAACUUACAAAAUAUGUAAAAGGAGGUGAUCCAACAGCUACUGUAAUUGCAUUGUGUUCAAUGAGAGAUUACAAUCUGUCUCAAGAAACGUGUCAGCAGGCUAUCGUGGACACUGGAUGUCUUGAAGUGUUAAUUAAUUUACUUGAUACAGAAGAAAUUAAAUGUCAGGCUGGUUCACUAAAAAUCCUGAAGGAAAUUAGUCAAAACAUGAUGAUCAGACAUGCAGUWGCAGAUCUUGGAGGCUUAGAGGUSAUGGUGAAAAUAUUGGACUCUCCAGAUAUCGAUCUAAAAUGUUUGGCAGCUGAAACAAUUGCCAAUGUUGCUAGAUUUAAACGAGCACGGAAGACCGUAAGGCAACAUGGCGGAAUCAAGAGAUUGGUAGGGCUGUUGGAAUCUGUUUCAGUGGGACCAUCAUACCAAGGCAAAGAAACUGAAGCAGCACGYUGUGGGGCUUUGGCACUCUGGAGCUGCAGCAAAAGCACCAAAACCAAGAAAGCAAUCCGUAAAGCUGGUGGCAUUCCUUUACUAGCUAGAUGGCUCAAAUGCUCAGAAGCAAACAUCUUAAUCCCAGUGGUGGGGACACUACAGGAAUGUGCCUCAGAGCCAAGUUACAGACUUGCAAUAAGGACAGAAGGCAUGGUUGAGUACCUAGUGAAAAAUCUGAGUAGUGAACAUGAGGAGCUCCAGAGGCAUUGUGCAAGUGCCAUAUUUAAGUGUGCAGAAGAUGAAGAAACACGUGAUCUGGUUAGAAAAUAUGAAGGUCUACAACCACUAUCUGUUCUGCUUGAUAACAGUGAAAACAAAGAACUUUUGGCAGCUGUGACAGGAGCAAUCUGGAAAUGUGCAAUCAGUAGAGAAAAUGUGUUAAAAUUUCAGGAAUAUAGAGCUGUGGAAGCUUUGGUAGCACUGCUUACUGAUCAGCCUAAAGAGGUCCUUAUAAAUGUUAUUGGAGCCCUGGGAGAAUGUUGCCAGAAUGAGCCAGAAAAUCGAGGCACUGUCCGCAGAUGUGGUGGAAUUGCACCUCUAGUGAGGUUAUUGACUGCAACUGAUCAGGCAUUACUUGUGAAUGUCAACAAAGCAGUGGGAGCUUGUGCAAUGGAACCUGAAAGUAUGGCGAUAAUUGACAGUCUAGAUGGCGUUCGCUUGAUAUGGUCAUUGUUGAAAAAUCCUCACCCAGAUGUUCAAGCAAGUGCAGCUUGGGCUCUUUGUCCUUGCAUUGAAAAUGCUAAGAAUUCUGGGGACAUGGUUCGAUCUCUUGUUGGUGGCUUGGAAUUGAUAGUCAAUUUGCUAAAAUCAAAGGAUAGAGAAGUUGUAACAAGCGUAUGUGCAGCCAUUGCAAAUAUAGCUAAAGAUGCAGAAAACUUGGCUGUUAUGACAGAUCAUGGAGUCGUCCCUCUGUUGUCCAAGCUAGCAAACACCAACGAUAACAAAUUAAGACGUCACUUAGCAGAGGCUGUUGCCCACUGUUGCAUGUGGGGCAACAAUAAAGUYGCCUUUGGAGAGACCAAGAUUGUGGCUCCUUUAAUACGUUACUUAAGAUCAAAGGAUCCAUUGGUUCACAGAGCUACAGCUCAGGCUUUAUAUCAACUUUCAGAGGAUGCCAGCAACUGUGUCAUCAUGCAUGAAAAUGCAGUGGUGAAGCUCCUACUGCCCAUGGUAGGCUCCACAGAUGACACUCUGCAGGAGGCAGCAGCUGGUUGCAUAGCAAACAUUCGCAGAUUGGCUCUGGCAACAGAAAAAGCAAAAUAUGGCUGAUGCUUCAGCAGCUUUUACCAACACACUUGUUUAGCAAUUCAGCUACAUUUAAAUACACGAUUACUCCUUCUAGCAUCUGUAUUUCAUAGCAGAGCUCAUCUAUCUGAGGAUAAUUUAUUAAAAACAAAUCUGUGGAAACUUAUGUAUGUUUUUAUGUUACUGGUUUGUCACACCGAGGUUUGAUAAAACAUUCAUACCUAAUUUUGUGUGGUUUUUAGCAAUAUAUCCUUCAAAAGACUAUCAGUUAAGAUAUGUCAGACAUUUUUGACAAUUGAUACGCUUUUAUUUUAAUUCAUUGUAGAUAUAAAUGUUUUUGUUCAUCUGUGACAUUGCUAUAGAUUUUCCUUGUGUGUGUGUGUGGUUAUGCAGCAAUUUAUGAAUGUCUUGAACAAUUCCCUGCAUUGUAAACUUGUCCAGUCAUCCUCUCAUUAUGCUUUUGCGUGUUUGAUCACUUGUGAAUCACAGGAGAGCAGAAAAUGCAGAUACAUGAGUUUCACAUCUGGUGUUGCACAAAGGACUGCAAACAGCUGUAGCAAUAGACAUCACUCCAAAUUUUCCAUUUCUACCCAACGUCAAGCAAAAUAGUGCUUAAUUUUAUAAGU